CAAGCCCAACUUGCCCGAAGCGAAAAAAACUAGUGGCUGCAAGUGAAUCUGCAGAUGCAAAUGGAUAUUCUUUCUCGAGUCGGAACCACCGUAUCUCAAUCCUUCUGGUCGCGAAGACGACGGUCGUGGUCGUGGUCGUCAUCUUCCUCACCCUUCUCGCCAUUGAAGCCGCCCUCGUGCUCUCGAAGGGAACCCCGGCAAGACGGCGACGACGGCGACAAGAAAGGUGAUAAAUUCUCAACAGACUGGGAUAAAGCAUGGUCCAGCUUCAGGAAACAGGGGAAGAAAAGUUUAUUUUCAGGGUUCUCGCCUGAUAAGUAUGUGAGUUGGAAUCCAAGACGGUCGGAUUACCCCCUCUCAGAGGAAGUUGAUCCUAUUAAAAGAACAGAGAGAUCGAACCUCAGGUUGUGGACCAGUCCUAGGUUUACACUGGUGGGAGCUAUUUUAAUUGUCACAUUUCUUUUGGUCUAUACUAUUCUUGCACCCAUUAAGUGACUUCUUAUAACUUUUUUAUAGAGGCUGCAUUUUGUAAUCUUAGCUGUAAGUAAAUGAAUAAAUACUACCUUUGUUUUC